UAGCCAUGGAAAUGCCUAUGAAGAGGAAGUUAGAAAUGCCCGAGAACGUUAACAAAAGAGUCCGAGUCCCUAGAGAUGUUGGAUCGGACGGGCAAAGCUCUUGCAGUUACAGCUCGGAGGAAGAAAAUGUAGGUCUAGAAAUGAAACAAGGCUCGGCUAUGAACGCAAAUGGAAAGGCGAGAGCCGCAAGAGGCGGUGCUACCGAUCCUCAAAGCCUUUACGCGAGGAAACGAAGAGAGAGGAUAAACGAGAGACUCAGAAUAUUGCAGAACCUCGUCCCUAACGGAACCAAAGUAGAUAUCAGCACAAUGCUCGAAGAAGCUGUCCAUUACGUCAAGUUCUUGCAGCUUCAGAUUAAGCUCUUGAGCUCAAACGAUAUGUGGAUGUAUGCUCCUCUUGCUUACAAUGGGUUCGACAUGGGCCUCCACAUGAAGAUUUUUUCUCAAUUCACAGGACAAUAAAGCGAAAAAUAUAUAUGAUUUUUAAAACUAUUUCUCACCCAUUUUCGGGAAAAUAACUCUCGGGAGUAACAUGUCUAGAUAUUCCAAAUAAGAAUAUAAAUAUUAAAUAUUAUCGCUAAUUUUGCGCUCUUAGAUCGUAAAACUGUCAAAUUGUAAUUUCCUUUUCAAAUAUAUGUAUU